AUGUUUCGGCAGUUUCUGGUCCGGAGUGUCGCGUUCAAGACGUUACGCGCACAGAUAUACUCUUUCGUUGUACCUGAAGUUUCCAAUCAUACAAGAACGACACCACUCGUGGAAGCUCCGCACGAUGUAGAAAUCACCAAAGUACCAAAAUAUAGCGGUUGGGCGCAGUUGGAGAGUACAACGUGGAAGAUGUGGGGUAGUGAUCUGGCGCAAACUCUAGACCUACUCCUCGUUCACAAAGACUUCGGAAUUGCCAAACGGUUGUCAAAGCAGUUGGCUUCCGAAGCUCUUAGUCUCGCUACAGGCAGAGCAUUUUUCGCCAUGGGAAGACUGGAGCCUGCUCUUACCCGAGGACUGACACGACUAUGUUGGACCUGUAGGUGUGGCGGUUGGCUCUUCAGCGAUGUGAAAGAGCUUGAAGUGGGUGGCACCGGUGAGCUCGCUGCUCGCAUGGAGAAUACCACAAGAUCUAGGGUUGUUUCUGCGACCUACAACAAGCAUUCAAGCAAUCAACAAUACAACGUACCGCGUCAUUUUCGAUGGUUUGGGAGCAGAUCCGGCGUAUGCCAGACCGACCAACAGCGCCCUAGCCGCUUCUUCUUCACCACGUCUUCCAAUCCGACAUUGACAGCUCUUGGGCAGUAG